CGCAUGCACCGUCGGAAGUCAAGCAAGGAAGAAGACGACAAUGUUCUGACAUUCCCUAUGGCCCAUAGCACAGCCAAUGGACUUUUGGGACCUCCGCCGUCACCGACGCGUAACCGCGUCGUAUCAACUCCUCCGGCAACAUCGUCGUCGUACCCGGACCCGCCGCCUUCAGCGGGCCCUUACAGAACUGGCUUCGGUGCACCGAGACCAAUGACUAUACACGGUACGCCCAACUCACAUAUACUGCCGCACAGACACCAGGCGCCUGGUUUGCGGCAGUCUCUGUCGCUCCCGGGAGGCUCGCACUCGCGCACACGCUCGGUCUCGGGUCCCUUCUCUCCAGCCAGUCCGUCCCCGCUGUCGUUCUCCUUCCCCCCUCAGUCUCCUCCCACAGGGAGGUUCCCCACCUCGUCCACUGCCCCGGAAUUGCGGUCGAAAGAGAACGGUAAUGGCAUAAGCCCGUCGCCCUCGCUGUCCUCGCAAGCGCACACCAGGCGGCACUCGCGCGUGCACUCGCGCAAUUUGUCGGUGUUCUUCCCGCGCCCUGGUACGCUUCCCGCGACAGCUAUCGCAGAGGAUGGGGGCCAAGACAUCAUGUUCGCGCCGCCGCCCGAGGGCAUACCCAUGCCCUCCGCAUCCCCAGGGCCAGGACAGCGGAACUUUCGCGAAGGAUUCACUUUCGGCGGGCGCCCGCCCUCGUCUGGGUCUCUGGAGCACCCGAUGCCUUCCAUGGCAGAUACGCCUUCGUCCAGCGGAGCAUCUCGGCGGGGGCACCACCACAAGCACUCGCUAUCGCACAACUUCUUCUCCUUCCUGGAGCCCGGCGCACAGCAAGAAGGCGCGCCGGAGGAGCUGCACACGCUGCCCGCCCCAGUUCCCGUCAGCCCGUGGAUGCCCAUCUCACCGUUCCCGCAUGCUUUGCCGCGGGCGGGGAGUCCACGGCCGACGGCGCGUAAGGCGCCGCAGAUAGCACCAGAGGCGGUGGGCGCGGUGAUCGCCCAAUUCCUGCUCGGGGUGUGGUUAUGGAUCACCGCGCAACAGGUGGGGUCUCUCGCCUGCACAGGACUGGGGUACUGGAUCGUAUUCGACGCGCUAGGUGUCGCGCUUGCGCACAUAUUGCCCGGGUACCUUGCGAAGCCAUCCAUGCGGGCGGAUAUCCGGAGACCAUUCGGGAACGCUCGAAUAGAAACGGUAGUCGCAUUCGCGCAGUCUGUGUACCUAAUAUUUGCCGCAGUGUAUGUCUGUAAGGAGACUGUAGAGCACUUGCUACUGUCUUCAGGCGAAGGGCACCAUCACCAUCAUGGCGACGAGGUGACGGAGUUCUUUGGGAUUGAGUUUCCGUCCGUCCUGCUACUGAUCACACUCUUUUCGCUGAUCACCACUGCUCUUGCGUUCGACAAUCAUUCCAAGCUCGUCAGCACGGCGGGCAAUCACAUCCCUCCUUUAUCAUCGCUGCUGCCAUCUCGCUAUCGAUACUUCACAUCAUCGUAUACCUAUCCUCCCCGUUUAAUCAAUCUAUUAUCCAAUCCAUACACACUAACGCCCAUAUCAUUUGCUGUGAUACUGUUCUUUGGGCCGACUUUUAUACCUCCAUACCAACAUCGUUACUUCGACCUUGUUCUGGCUGGUGUGGAGACGGUCGUCACGUUCAGUGUCGCAUAUUCCGCAGCAGUUGCCCUUGGCGCGACACUCCUGCAGACGUCACCCGCUCGUGGACUUGCAGGAGGCAGGAUGGAGGCGUUCCUGCGUGCCAUGAGACAGAUCGAACGGGACCCCCGAGUCUUGCAUCUUCCGGCACCGCACAUCUGGCAGCUCACGCCAAACCUUACGCUCCCUCAAGACCAGUACAUAUACACUCAUCCGGUGGCUGCAGUCGACAUGAAGAUACAGGGACCUGCGCAAUCGCUCGUCGUGACUCUCGAGCUCCACGUACGCCCGGACAUGGAUGACGAGGAGGUGUUGAGUUUGACGAAGUGGGCUUGGGGGCGCUGUUCGCAAGCACUGCAUUUCGGCUCGAGGGGCGGGGAGGGUGCAGAAGCCGAGGCAGAGAUUACCGUAGGGGUUGUGAGGGGAUAAUUCAGUCGCACUGUAUUCAGGGAGCAUGUGCGCCAUUUGAAAGUGGGUGGAUUUGGAUGUAUUUAUACCUUUUGCUUUCGUGUUUAUACCCUCAC